AUGAGUUUUCAAAGCAAUGUCAUCGUUCUCAUGGCAGAAGUUGUGGUUGUUCAUGGGAAUUUGGAGGGGGAUCUUCAGUCUGGGGCCAUUGCUGGGUACUCGCUCUUGUGGCUGCUCAUGUGGGCCACGACUAUGAAAAUAGAAAAAGCUAAAAAGCACAUCCGUAGUAGCAUACUAGGCACCGCUGUUUUGUUUGAAAUCGAAGUGGGAAUACACUGGGCCGAACCAACCCAACCCACGCAACCAACACACACUCUAUCGAAUGGUCAGUGUUGCAUCUAUGCGCUGUCACUACCCACGCACACCACCAUCACCCUCUCCCUAGAUUUUCCUAAUCUCACGCCUGUUCACCCUCAUCCUCACCGUCAAACUUUAUAUAAGCGAGGGAGGAAAUCCAACCGGGUUUCGUGGGCUACUGGAGGGAACCUGUGUCAGAUAAAAUUGUUCUUGUCUGAGGAUUGCCCCUCAAAAGUUGGCCAACAUUCGCACGAUCAUCUUCAAGCAAAGACAUCAUCAAUGUUAAAUUCUAGUAUUAAUGAUCCUAUCGAUUUGCCCCCCGGGUUUGAAGGCAGUCAUUUCCUAAAACAAACCAAGGUUGAUGUCUGCUACAUUUCCCACAUAAAAUGGGAAUGCCCUCCGCUGUUUGUUGUCAGUCCUAAAUGGCAUGUUGCAGCGGGUGAAGAAAGUAGGGAGAAAGAGAAUCAGAAACUGAGAGAAAAGAGGGUGCUUGAAGCUAUUUAUCCCCGUCUUUCUGCCAUUCCUCCUAGCCCUUCUGUCUCAUUGGAUGUAGAAGAGGAAUAUUAUAAUGAUGACAUUACUCCCGUCAUCCCCAUCAUUCCCAUUGAAGAGGAAGAACCUAUGGAUGUUUUACCUGAAAUGGCAGUAGCAGGGAACCUUUCCCCCAAUGUGCAGCCGAAUAACCCUAUGCAAUAUAUUUCUGCCAAAACUUGCGUACCCUCUAAUGCCUCUCAUACUGAUUCCUCGGAUCCCUGUGUAGGGUCCUUGGCUGGAGUAUCUUUUGGUAUGGAAGCUGAUUUGGCAGCUUCGGUUGUUUCAACCAUCAUGAGGAGUAAUGAGCAAGGAUGCCUGAUUGAUAUGGAUUUACUGGUUAAAAUAUUUAAUGAUCCAAAAAUACUCGACAAGCUGAUUAAUGAACAUAGAACUGCAGCUACCACUGUAAGUGCAUCCACAAAUACUGUGGAUACCACUUCUGGUGAUAAGCCUGCUUUUCCAGUUCUGUUGUCUACAUCUACUUCUGAUGUGACAGCUUCUGGGACUACACCCACAAGUGCAGUGAGUUCAUUGUCUUCUGGGUUUAAGCCUGCAAAUCCCUCUGUUUCAAUAUUGAAUCCUACACCUGACAAGCCAGCCACUCUGUCAGCGCCUGCAAUUCCAUCAGUUUCACUGUUGUCUUCUGCUCAUGAUAAUCCAGUUACUGCAUCAGUUCCAUCGUCUAUUCCUGUAUCCGGUAAGCCAGUAGUACCCUCAGUUUCAUUGCAUACACAUACACCUGUAUCUCAUAUGCCCAGGUCUGUCGGCCAAAAUUUACUCCAUUUGUCAAGUGGGAUUUCCCCUGCUUUAAAUACCGAGUCUCAGCAAGAUACAGCUCCUCCAUCUGGGCCAACGGGAGCGGCAGUGGCGUCCAUAUGUUCUGGUGAAUUAAGCACUGGUCCAUUGCCAUCUCUUGCGAGGAACUUGCGUGCUGUUGUGAAUCAAGUGCAGUCCACUCCUAGUACAUUGCCUUAUAAACUAAGCACAGGUUCAUCAGCAUUUGCUGUAAAGGAUGCCAACUACUAUAAAAAUCUCAUCAGGCAACAUGGUGCAGAUAAGCACGAUAUGCAGGACUCACACAUAGGUAUCCGUCAUAGUAACUUCCAAGAUAUGAAACCGGUACAUAACUUUAAACAAGGAGAAGUGAAACACAAAAUCCAGAAACCAUGCAUAUACUUUAAAAGCUCAAAGGGGUGCCGAAAUGGUUCCAAUUGCCCCUAUCAGCAUGAUGUUUCAGCUCAGUGGGGAGCUGGUAACGUCUUAGGGGCACAGAGUGCAAAAAGAUUGAAAUCGGGACCAUAG